AUGGGUAUUCCUAUUGGUAAACUUCAACUUUACGUUGCUGGUGCUGGUAUAGAUCCACGACGCACUUUACCCAUUACUAUUGAUCUUGGAACUAACAAUGAAAAAAACCUGAAUGAUGAAUUUUAUCUCGGUAUCCGUAAAAAUAGAGUAUCCGAUGAUGAAGAUAUUCAUCCAACUCAGCAUAGAAUAUUAUUUUUCGGUGCUGGUUCUGCUGGUGUUGGUGUCGCAAAACAAUUGCUCGAAUUCUUUAAAAUAGAACAUGGUAUGUCUGAAGAAGAUGCUAAAAAAUUGGUUUGGUUGGUUGAUACAAAG